AUGGAAAGGUCAAUUACAAUUGUCGCUGUCGGUGAUGCCGAUAGCAGGAAAACGGAACUUUUAAUAAAAUACACAUACAACAAACAUAUUUACGAAUUUUCCAUGCCCUCCAGGUUCGAGAACAACGUGAGGGAAAUAAUCGUCGAUUACAAUCGUUACAACGUGCAUUUCAUAGACGCGGAAUGUGACGACGAUUACGAAAUCCUCAGAUGGGAAGAUUACGAAAAAGCGGAUUGUGUCGUGCUGUGUUACUCGAUUGGAAAUCGAAGGUCCUUUGAGAGAACGCUGAGGAAAUGGUGCGUGGAAGUUCGCAGGACGAAUCCUGACGUGCCCGUGAUUUUGGUCGCCACAGACACCGAGUUAAGGGGUACAGGGCGAAGAGGGUGCGUCAAGACUGAGGAAGGUGAGGAUCUGAAGUGCGCCCUAAAUGCUUGCGCUUUAGUCGAAUGCUCGGUGGAAAAGUUAGUCGGCAUCGAUGAUGUCUUCAUUGAGGCUGUCAGGAGCACCUAUUGCUUCAAGGUGCACAACAGAUUCUAUCAUUCUCUGUAA